AUGCUCCUCAGAGGCUCUCCCACAGCGCUAGCGCAGACAAUCACGCUCCUUUUCAGUCUACUCGGCAAUACCACCGCCUGGGCAGUGAAUCCCUUCCAGACACUCAAUCAAUUUUCUCAGAAUGCAGCUUUUGGACAGCGCCCCGGAUUCCAGCAACUCGGUGUCCCUCAAUCCUUCCAGAAUGGCCAGAACGGUUUUCAACCCGGUAUGGGUCAGCAGUAUAGCGCUCAACCUGACAUGGGCCAACAGCAACUGGGUACGGGUCAGCAGUAUGGCUCUCAGCCCGGCGCACAGUCCGGUAUGAAUCCGCAGUACGGUUCCCAAUCCGGCCAGCCCGCGACCACGGGUGGCUCUGCAUCCACAUUUCCUUCGCGCUUUUCGUCCCAGGCUGCACAAAAGUUUUACGUGGAUGGAAAAACCCUUCCAUUUGUCGAGUUCGAUGCUGGACCCAGCUAUGCAGGCUUGAUUCCAUUAUCUUCCGACCCUAACGAGAAGCGCAAAUUCUUUUUUUGGUUUUGGCCAGCUGCUCAGGCCGUCGGGGCCAAUGACUUGACAUUCUGGACCAACGGAGGUCCCGGCUGUAGUUCCCUUGAAUCCCUGUUGCAAGAGACUGGGCCCAUUUCAUGGAAAUUCGGACAAGCCCGGCCGACACAAAACCAAUACUCUUGGACCAAUGCCACCUCGAUGCUCUAUGUGGAGCAUCCCAUCGGUACAGGAUACUCAGUCGGUACACCCACAGCUACCAACCAAACCGAUGUAUCACGAGACUUGUUCAAUUUUUUCACCCAAUGGCUUCAGGUCUUUCCGGAGAUGAACGGCAAGAACUUUUGGCUUAGCGGAGAAUCCUACGCUGGAUUCUACGUGCCCUAUUUGGCUGAUUACAUUUACAGCUAUCAAUCGAACCUCAACUUGAAGCUCAUGGGGAUGUAUCUCGUGAACCCAACCUUGUCAUGGACAGUCUUGCAUGAACAGAUGCCAAUUUUCCCACUGGUAAAACGUUACGAGCAUGUAUUUGCCUUGAACGAAACAUUCAUGUCUACCAUCAGCCGUUUGCAUCAAGAAUGUGGAUAUGCCGACUAUCUCGCUAAGUAUGAAGUGUAUCCGCCACCCCGAGGCCCCUUUCCUGCGCCUGAGGUCGGGUUCUAUAUGGAACAUCAGCAAUCGAACUCAAGUUGUGACACAUUCAACAUGGUCUACGAAGCAGCUAAACUGGCUAAUCCAGGCAAGUGA